GAUUCUGGCAUUCACUCUAUCUUUCUUUAUUGGCCAUUUACCACUAUCAUCUAGAAGAGCCUCGAGUGAAGUUCAUAAUGGUGAAUUUAAAAUCAAUACAUGGUCGGCAGUACCUUCCACCUCGGAGGCAAAACAUGUAUUUUUAUUAGCUUAGCGUCUCAAAGAGGGUUCUCAAUUCUUCGAUCGAUUAUUCUCCCACAACCAUUAUUUAAGUAUUUCAAGUUCGAGAUCAACUUUGUUCAGUUUAUAAUCCAACCAACACAAUUGAUUUUACAACAAUCUUUUCUUGCCAUCACAUCUUACCAUACUCUAUCUUACAAUCCUUUGAACCACAUCAAUCAUCCUCACCUUUUCAUCAUGUCAGGCUCAGAUGAUUCUCUUCCAAUCAAUCACCAAGGCUUGCCUCAAGGUUUGGGAAUUACUUCUAAUCAAACAAGUGGUCGUGCUACACCAGGGGAUUCGUUAGGCGGUAAGAAUAUGGGCUCUGGAAUCAACAAUCCUAGAAUUAGAACAGGCCCGCAGAUACAGCAACAAGACGGCAACAACAAUUCUAAUUUCGGACUAGGAAGCACCCAGAUGCAACAGCAGAUGGAUCCCAAAAUGAUGCAUCAAGAUCGAAUCGAACAACAGCAAGCUCAAAAUUUACGAAGACAGUAUCACCAACUACAGCAACAUGGAGCUCAGCAGCAAUUACAACAGCAGCAGUAUACAGUCCAGCAACAAAUCCAGCUAAAUCAAGCACACCGGCAACGACUACAACAGCAGCAUGUUCGCCAGUCGCAAGUACUUCAACCAACACACGUCCUACCAGAAGAUGUUCCCAGCCCGAGCCUGUCCGCGAUGAGAUUAAAUGGUGGACAAGUAGAGCCGGCAUUUCAACAAUUUUUCAGCACGAACCCCACACAAUACAGCAUAAAGAAUGGAAGGCCCAACACCUUUCCUCCCACCGCCCCAACUAGCGCGCAGCCCCAAGUCUCUGGUCAACAACCAGAUCAGAAAGAAGCAGAGGAGGAGGCCGUUUACGAAUCCAGUUCUUUCAAUCUCAGUAUCAAUUCUCCCUUGACCAUCACCGGCGAUGACAACAUAAUCACUUUCCACCCGGCUCCACAAGUUCAAAAAAUUACAGAGGCAAUACUCCAAUCUCUAAAAUCUGCGUCUGAAGGAUCACGCGGUCUUACAAUGGGUGAUGCUGAUGGAAAUCCUAGAGCAAUCAAAGUUGAUAUCAAUGCUGCUGUGAUGAUCAGUGGACAGCGUAAUAUUCUGGGAGAGGAAGCCGUCAAGAUCUGGAGUCAAAAGGUCAGAGGGGAAGCAUUGACGUCACAGACGCAGGCCCAGAGAAUGCUGGCCCAGGCUCAUAUGAAGUCUCAAGCUACCGCGCAGGCUCAAGGUCAGAGACAAGGUCAGGGACAAGGACAAGGAUCGAAGAAUGGAACAGCAAGUAUGGAUUCAGCUGUGCCAAAAAACGCUCAGACGUUCGAUAGUAUUUUACAAGCCCGCGAAAAAGCUCUAAUUACCCAGAGACAGACAAAGAAUGAGACAGCGCCCCAGGAACAAGCACAAGAACAAGCAUUUUCAAGCUCACCCCCAGAACGAUUCCAGCUAAUUGGAGAUGGAAAUGAGCAUGUAGGAGGACAAGCCCGUCCACACUGGAACAUGCAUAUACAGGCUUCCACCCACCAGCAACCACCAGCAAAAGAGCAAGCAGGAAGAGCAAACCCACAAAUGGGUAGUUUCUCCGCUGGCCCUUCCAAAGAUUUUGGCAAGAGAGCUAGAGAGCCCAGCGUUAGUCAACACGAUGAAGAGGCCAACAAGAAAACAAAGAUGGAUAUGUAGAUAUCUGACGGAUGGAACGAAUAUGCUUGAACGAACUCGUGCCAGAAUUAGUACGUGGAGAGUUUGAGAUAUUUAUGAGCUUCUAUUUCGACGUUACUACCUACUACAUGUGGAGAAAUUGAUGGUGUGGUGGUCGGGUAUGGAGAUUGGUUGAUUGAGAAUGGAGCAGUGGAUAGUAUUGACUUGAUCUUUUUUUCCAUUUGCGAAGGUUGGGUUAUCAAUUGCGAUGACA